UUGGGCAACGGCCUGAUAACAGCUCGGGACCAUGAGCAGUGGUAUAAACAGCGCCGGAUAAUGGAUCCUGCCUUCAGCAGCCUGUAUUUAAAAGGUCUUACAGGAACUUUCAAUAAGUUGGCUGAAAAACUGAUGGACAAGUUCACUGAUGCCGCUGACAACAAAACAGAAAUCACCAUGCUCAGCCUGUUCAACACUGUAACUCUUGAUGUUAUCGCUAAGGUUGCCUUUGGUGUGGAUUUGAACCUGCAGAAGAACAGAUCACCUUUCCAAAAAGCUAUUGAUUUGUGUAUGAAAGGAAUGAUCUUUUACUUACGGGAUCUUCUUUUUGAAUUUAAUCCAAAGAACAGGCCGUUUAUUAAAGAAGUGAGGAAGGCAUGCUGCCUGCUGCGUCAAACUGGUGCCCAGUGGAUCAAUGAAAGAAAGACUGCCAUGCAAAAUGGAGAAGAUGUCCCCAAAGACAUUCUAACGCAAAUCAUCAAAUCAGCCGGCGAAGGUGACACACCUUAAUGUUUACAUUUUUAUGG